AUGGGGGCCUUUCGAUGGAAAGUGCUCCUGCUGCUGAACGUGCUGUUGGGCGUUGCUUCAGCUGUGACUAUUUCAGGUGUGAAGGAUGGCGUCAAUCGCCAGACUGGCGAACGACCAGCUCGUAAGGACAUCAACAAUCUGCAAUGGUCUGGCCCCGAAUGGGAUCUCUACAUCCAGGCCCUCAAGGCUUUCCAGGAGGAGGACCGGGAUGACCUGUUGAGCUUUUUUCAAAUUGCUGGUAUUCAUGGUUAUCCUUACGUCUCCUGGGAUGGCGUUAAUGGUUUGGGAGGUGCUGGUUAUUGCUCUCACGGUUCGACUUUGUUUCCAAUGUGGCAUCGUCCGUACCUUGCCAUCUAUGAAGAGCGAAUUUCGCGCCAUGCCCAAGCGAUAGCCAAUACAUACCCCCAAAUGCUCCGGGCAGUCUAUCAAAAAGCUGCAACUGAUUUGAGACUUCCAUACUGGGACUGGGCCAAUGAUCCCGAGCUUCCCAAGUCAGUCAUUACCCCACAGCUUAACAUCAAUACCCCGAACGGAUUAAAAAGCUAUCCGAACCCCCUUUACGACUUCGCUAUCAGGCCAUCGGCUCAAGAGGGCUUCCCCAAUGAUCCUCUUUUCAAAUAUCGCAGAACCGUCCGCAACCCCGACAAGCAGGGUGUAUCCCAGAUCGAUGCGAUCCAGAAGACUUUGAAUGCCAAUGGUGCCCUUAUUCGAGUCAACACAUAUCAACUCAUUGCCGGCGAAGCCAACUACACCGUAUUCUCAACUGAUUCGCUCCCAGACCGUGGUGCGAGUUACAACAACUUGGAGAACAUUCACGGUCUCAUUCAUGUUUCGGUUGGAGGCAAUGCUGGGCAUAUGACUUACACCCCCUGGUCCGCCUAUGACCCAGUCUUCUGGCUCCACCAUACUAACGUCGACCGCAUCGUCGCUUUGUGGCAAGCUGUGCACCCUGAAUCAUACGUACAGCCUCUGCAAAACCGUGGCGGAAAUUUCAUGGAGAGGCCAGGCACCUGGGAAAAUGACAAGACUGCCUUGGCACCAUUCCGCGACCCCAGCAAUAAAUUCUACAAUGCCGAAACGUCUCGCAACUUGAAAUACUUCGGCUACACGUAUCCUGAGAUCAAGGACUGGGACGUUAGCCCACAGCAACUGGCCAUGAAUGUACGCAUUCAAGUCAACCAGCUUUACAAUAGAGCAAGCGACAACAACAACAAACGCAGCACCGCUCUCACCGCCCGCUCUGCCCACCACCACGCCAUGAUCAAGCACAAGCGCAUGCCUAACCUUGCCGAGGACACGCUGGACGACCUCAAAAAACUCAACUUCAAGAUCAAGGAACUCUUCGAUGACCUGGGCAAAUUCAGUUUGCUCAACUUCAUCAAACUGGGCAUCAACAACUUGUCGAAGCAGUGGGUAAUCAACAUCAGGGCGAACAAGUUCGCACUGCCCCACGCUUACAAUAUCCACUUCUUCCUCUCCGAGCCACCGGAAGAGCCCUGCGACUGGCCAUACGCCUCUAACCUGAUCGGUACCUUCGCGUCCUUCGCCUCUUCCAUGGGCUCCCCAGCCAACACAACGCGUGAGAUGUACGGGCAGAUUCCCCUGUCGCACGUUCUGGCAGUAGUGUUGAACAGCGGGAUGAUUCUUGAUCUGACGGACACGUCGAUUCUGCCGUUGCUGGAGAAGCAUCUUGAGUGGCGCGUGCUGGAUUUGACUGGAAAGGUCGUGGAUGCCGGAGAGCUUGUUGGUGAUUCCACGGGCCACUCCAAGGGGCUGGAGAUUACGAUUGCUGAGCGUGAUGUGACACCGUUGGCGGCGGAUGACAAGGAGCGGAAUCACUUCCCGGCGCUUGGCGACUGGAAGGUGUUGAAGAAUAUUACCCCGGGGUGCAAGGACAAGGGUAAUGUUUAA